AUGUCCAUCACCGAGCCUGGCAGCGGCCAGUGCUCCAUCAGGCCGAGAAUGGGUGACCUCCAGCCGGUUCGAGCCCCGGCAGAGCCCGGGGGGGGGCAGGGGCAGGGGGGACACCUGGCCGCAGCAGCACCUGCAGGCGGCGCUCGGAAGCCCACACACCUGGGCAAAGCCAUCCUGGCAGGUGGAAUUGCCGGAGGGAUCGAAAUCUGCAUCACCUUUCCCACGGAGUACGUGAAAACACAGCUCCAGCUCCUGGAUCGAGUGAACCCUUCACGUUCCUCCGGCAUCGGUGACAUAGUGAGCCGGACAAUUCGGGAUCACGGGGUGAAAGGGCUGUACAGAGGCCUCAGCUCCCUGCUGUAUUUCUCCAUCCCCAAAACCGCAGUCAGGUUUGGAACAUUCGAGUUCUUGAGCAAUCUGUCUCGGGAUGCCAGCGGGAAACUGAGUAACACACAGAGCAUGAUGUGCGGGCUUGGAGCCGGGGUCAUGGAGGCCGUGGUGAUUGUGUGUCCCAUGGAGACCAUAAAGGUGAAGUUUAUACACGACCAGUCGUUGACUAAACCCAAAUAUCGUGGCUUUUUUCACGGGGUCCGAGAGAUUAUUUUGGAAAAAGGGUUGCGAGGAACUUACCAGGGACUGAGCGCCACGAUCCUCAAACAGGGCACAAACCAGGCCAUCCGCUUCUUCGUGAUGACCUCGCUACGUAACUGGUACACAGGUGACGACCCACACAAAACCAUCAACAUGUUGGUCACAGCGAUAUUCGGAGCCAGUGCAGGAGCGGCCAGUGUCUUCGGAAACACACCCCUCGAUGUUGUCAAGACUCGGAUGCAGAGUCUGGAGUCCCACAAGUACAGGAACACGCUGGACUGUGCGAUUCAGAUCCUUAAACACGAGGGUCUUUCGGCGUUUUACAAAGGGACGGUCCCGAGGCUGGGCAGGGUGUGCCUGGACGUAGCAAUCACCUUCACUAUCUAUGAGGAAGUCGUCAGAAUUCUGAACAAGGUCUGGAAACAUGACUGAGGGAAGUUAGCCCGUCCCAUCUCUCUCUCUCUCUCUGUAUCAGGAUACACACCAGGCUUUGGUAACAGACUAAUGGGGGACAUAGGAAAUGGGAAUUCUUUUGAGUCUUGUGUGGGGGGUGGUAACAAGACUUUGUGGUCACCCUGUACUCUAAUUCCAAUUCCAUGCUUUCCCCUCCCGGACACUUUAUGUUGUUAUUUCUUCAGAUGUUGCUCCAGUUUAAAUGUUCUCCCUUUAAAUGUUCGGUCCUGGCCUGUGGCAAAACAAGCCACAAACCAGUGGAUUUCCUGCAGUUCCCAGAGCCCUGUCCCACUGGGAAGGGACUGACUAAAACUCACUUCACUGCACUCAGCACCACUGCCUUUACUCUGCGUUGGCAAAAUGUAAUUUUGUAAUGACUUUACGGUCGCUCUUAAUUCGUAUUUUACUCAAUCAAUGUGUUUUAUUAAAAGUUUUUAUGUUUUUUUAAUGCUUUAUAUUUAAAGAAUGAAGUAACGUGGCUGUCCACUCACCAACUACAUGUUGAAACUUCCCAGUGUCAGCGCUAGAAUGCGCACUCUCUCUCUCUCCCUGGAGGGACACACACUGCUUACCUAA